AACGGGCUGCCACUCUCCUUUAAAGUAUCUAGAGAUGAGUGGGUUGAGGAAAAAUGAAGUCCGGAACUGGUAAGCCCAGGAGGAAGAGACACCUGCAUUCACUGCCCACUAUUUUAGCCCCCCAGUGGAGGGGAAGGGGCUGGGAAGAGAGCAGGAGGACUCAGCAUUAGACUGUAAGGCCAUAUCCUGACAGCCUAGUAGCAUUGAGAACUGGGCCUGAGUCCCAAAUAGGAAGGCUGAACGAUGGAGCUGGGAGACACCAAGGUCACACUAGGACUUAGAAGCUUCCCAACCACUGGGGGAGUGAGCAGGAGGAGGGAUGGGAGAAAGGUUCCAGUGGGAAAGGAUGUACAGAGGUAGUUCCCGGGUCCUGUUCUAGCCCCAAACCGGUUUUCCCGGUCCCGCUGCCUUCAGCCCCAAGGCCUCCAACCCGCUGCCCAACAAGCCUUCACAAGAAGCAGCUGGAGAAAGAGAAAGAGAACUGAGAGAAUGGAGUGGGCAAUUCUGGCUCUCAGCCCGGUGCUGCAGCUGGUUCCUUGUGGAGACCUCCCGACACGCAGGGCUGCUGAGGGGCUCCGGGGAAGUAGGGGAACAGCACUCUUCGAUCAAGUGACAGGCAUCUGCCCCAGUACCGACUGUGCCUUUCCCCAAGGAAGGUCUUGUGGGGGCUUACUAGGAACCGGAGCUAGGCCCUAAGCUCCCUCCCCAGGAGACUCAGUCCCAUGGACUGCAUUGCUGUCCACUCCCCAACUCUACCCAGAAAUCCUCUGCUCCUCCCAACGCUGAACUAGGACUGGGAUCCCGCUGUGAAUUUUCCAGACUGUCACUGUCUUCCGUGGCUGCUUUGGCCUCAGAUUUGGCCGUCCCAGGACCCAGCUGUGUGCUUCACAGCACACGCCACCGCCGAGGGGGAGACUGAGCAGAUAGACUCAGCCACUGGAGCGAGAGAGGGAGUGAGAAGACAAAGCCGUCAAAGCCCCAACAGCUUGCUUUUUCUCCAGCCCUGAGCAGACGCCAGAGCCUCGAGGUACUCCUUCCAUCUUGGGAACACACUAGUAAUUCAUUGAUAACAGGAAGUUAUGAGGGACCCUGUGAGUAGCCAGUACAGCUCCUUUCUUUUCUGGAGGAUGCCCAUUCCAGAGCUGGAUCUGUCGGAGCUGGAAGGCCUGGGUCUGUCAGAUACAUCCACCUACAAGAUCAAAGACAGCAGCGCUGGCAAGAUGACUGGGCAACCAACUGGAGUUGAACAGGAGAAACACUCCGAAGGCGAUGCCCUCCUGGAGUACAGCACCUUCAACUUCUGGAGAGCUCCCAUUGCCAGCAUCCACUCCUUCGAAUUGGACUUGCUUUAAGCCCAAGACUCCUCUCUCCACCACCUUGCCCUGUCUUCCCUUGCAAGCCCCUCCCUUCCCACCCUUUGUCCUGUGAAUCUUGCUCUCUCCCCUCUAUGGUGUUGAGGUGGUGCUGAUGAAUCUGCCAGAGUUGUGUUGUAUUUAUUAUUUAUUUAUUUACUUACUUAUUUAUUUAUUUAUUUAUGUUAUCAGUUUUUCUCAAAAGCCCUUAAGCCCCAAAGUUAUCCCCCCAGACACUAAUUCCAGAAAGAAGCCUGGUGGGGGGCGCCAGAGAGUAGUAUAGUAGUUCAAAAUGGGGGACAAUUUUUUUUUUUUUUCAUUUUAAUCUUCUUCAGAGAUUGCUCAAACCUAAUAUCCUGCUCCAGAUCGGUAAACACAAAUCUUUCUUCAACAGUCGCUGAAAACCCUGGAAGCUUUGAGAUUAUCUACUAUGAGACAGUAGGAUUUCUAAAAGGCUGUUAAGGUGUUAAGUCUCGCUGUUGGAUCUUGCUCCUUACAAUACCUUCUUUUCCUCAGAGAAAUCGGGUGUAAUGAAAGGUAUAAAACAAGAGGUGAUAAUACCUCAUGGAAAACGAAAAUAAGGGAAAGAAUUGAAUCGUUUCAGAAAUAACUAUAUUGUCAAAGGGGUAGUCCUUCAAACCUUUGCACUUUACAACUUUGCUCCUAACGCUAGCUGAAGGAAAUGACUCCAAUUUCAAAUCCUAAAAUGUAAUCUUGCUGAGUACUAUGAUAAUUUGUAAGGUAUGAUUCUGUUUCUAAAAGGCAUAAUAGGGUUUGGCCUUUAGUGUUUUAGUCUUGCCACCUCCUGCGUCUGCAAUGGAGAAUACUGAUCAAUGGGCCUCAGGCACAGUUCCUCAGCUACCUUGAGACCUUGAAAUAAUCACAUUAUGACCCUACACCUCGUACCCCCAUUCCUUCCAAAAUUAUUGCUGCUGAUCUGUGCUGCCAUUUUCUCAUUUCUUGAAUAAAGACAUUCAAUCCCA